AUGGCGGGUGUGGGUAAAAGCUCAUCAGAAACAGAUCCGAGCUACGAUAGUGAAUCUAGAAAACAACAAAGAGCACAAAGUAAAAGAAAUGCAAAAGGGCGUACCACUGACAGUGUGUCUUACUGGAAACGGGGGAGAGCGGAGCAUUUUGGAAUAUUUUACAAUGGGGAAGCAACUGAAAUGUCCGAGUUCAUAAACAUGGUGUCAACCAGUGAUCUUAAAUUUGUAAGAGGGACUCCAACAAGGUAUACAUAUCCUUUAAAGGAUAAAUCACGGCUUUUAUUAGAUACACUUGUAGAUUUCUCAAAAGAUGGUUUGAAUAUGUCAUUUGAUAUCGAUGAGGAUAGACCGGAUUUUUUCAAAGGAACAAUAAAAAAAGAGAUAGCAGCAGCCAAGAAAAAAAUUUGGGAAAGUGUAAGGAGAGUUGACAGCGAUGAAGAAGACAAUUAUUCUGCAGCAACAAUUUCUCGGAAGACUGGAUUGUCCAGGUACCAGUUGGGGGCAUGCAUUUACCAUAUAGUGGACUUCCUGAAAUCCUAUUUGCAAUUCCUUGAAAAUGGAUUGGACAACAAGGCUUGGACUGAGUCUGACUUCACAACAUUACUUUUACAAUUUACAACAAUUUUCAUGCUUUCUCCAAGACCUGGUGAAUGUAAUAAAAGAAAUCAAGUAGUUGGAGGUGUUCCCACUUCAAGUGUACCAGACUUGAGAUUUUUUACCAAUGAAACAUGUCCAUUGUCACUGGGAGUUAUUGGCGUAGCAGAGGUAAAGCUUCGAAUCAUGCCAUUUGAUUCAGAAUUUUUCAGCAUAGAGAAUCUACCUGUUGACACUUUAGGACAACACGCUGGUGAGCUCUUGCUUGAAUAUGAAUAUUCAAUAUUUGAAGAGGCAGUCUUCGGAAUACUUUGCUUUAGGACAAAGGUAAUAUUUACAUUCCUGAAAAUGAGAGAUGAACACUUUCAAAAGAUUCUUCAUCAUAAAGAUCAAAGUGACUUGGGUAUUAGAAGUGUCAUAUAUUACACAAAACCUUAUGACUACCUUAUUGAAGACCAGAGGGAAAACAUUCUUGAGGUUCUCUUUUGGCUGGGUAUGCAAACAUUUUGGUAGUUGUUUGUUUAUUUAGCACAUAUUUUGUAGGGCUGUCACGGUUUUAUAAUUUUCGGGUCAGGUCAGUUCUAACUUUUUUUAAUUCGCUUUCAGGUGUCUUGAUUCAGGUUUAGAAUAAAAAGUCACAAUUUGAAUUAUGUUCAACAAUUUUUAAAAAAAUUUUUAAUCUAAAAACAGCAACAUAAUGACUGGUUUAAUGAAGCUUCCUAACUAGAAAGAUAAUUGAACUAAAGUGAUUCAAAUCACAAUUUGACAUUAUAAUGGUAAUUAAAAAACCUUUCGUUUUAGACACCAUUUUAAUGGCAAAACCUACAGUAUUGUACAAAUCAGAACUGAACCGGAUUCUGGAAAAACAGAACAGAACCUGACCCGAAUUGUUCUGUUCCGCGUUAUUUCAGGUGCCCGUGACAGCCCCAAUAUUUUGUGUUCAUUUCAAUUUAAAGACAACAUAUUAUACAUUUUAAAGUGGUUAUUUAUCAGUUCAAAUUUUAAUAUUUUAUGCCUAAGAAUUCACUUACAAGUUUAGAAUGAGGUAAAUAUGUUACUGUCACAAAGUUUUGCACACAAUGAAAAUAGUCACCGAGACUCAUGCAAGAAUAAGUUGAAGGCCAUGCAUGCAGGUGAUUUCUAGAGUUUAUAAUCAUAGAUGAAGAAUUUUUGUAUGCACCCGAAAGAUAUAAAAAUAUACAAACACUGAGAAGUGGGAUAUGCACUGUAGUAUUGCAAUUUUCAAAUAGGAGAACAAUUUAAAACUGUGUACUAUUUAUUUAGAUCUUAUUUUAAUGUAAAUAUGUAUCAAGUUUGAUGUAGUUUAUAAGAAGUGAGAUGUUUUUUUUUACAUGCUA